UUCAUACGUUCAUGCCUUAACUUUCGAGAUAAAUCGCGCCGCGCGACAUAGCACGUCCACCAAUAAGAUCGUUGAACGUGUGCACCGGUGAUAUAGCGCCGCAUCGCACCAUCGUGGUCGGCAAACUUCAAGCGAUCGAAUUGCGUUGUCGCGUCCCUCGGCACGCUUAACCGUGUACCAGAACGAAGUUUCACCACUGUUCUUUUCCGCCGACGCUUAGGUCGUGCUGAUCAUGCCAAGUGUCUACAGAAGAUCGCGCGAAUCACGUCGCGGGUGGUACGCACGCACUUAAGAACCAGGUGGUCGGUACCACGGUUUGUAAAAGUCCGUGUGAACACUGCGAGCACAUCCCUGUGAAAGACGAUCCACUGCGCGGCGGCGGCGGCGGCUCGUCGUCGGAUAUAUUUGCUUUGUUGAUAUUUUAAGUGUCACAGGCCCUGCGGUGCCUAUGCAUAUCUCCAGAAUUUGGACCGUAUUCUAGAAUACAUUAAAGAUAAAGAUACUUGAUUACACUUGAUUGAUUUACUAAAUAGCCACUAUGGCUGAAAUAAUAUAUCCACAAGGGUGCAGAUCAGUCACUGAAGAUUUAGGUCCAGAUGAAUUAAUCAGGAGACUUAAGACACUAGCACACACGUUGCAAGCUAUGGGACAAGAUGAAGGAAUGUACCAGCAAUACAUACCACUGGCAUUACAUUUGGCAGAAGAGCAUUUCCUGAUGCAUCAGAGCAAAGAUGUACAACUACUAAUUGCUUGCUGCAUUGCAGAUGUCUUAAGAGUUUAUGCGCCAGAGGCUCCUUAUAAAGAUGCUGAUCAGGUCAAAACAAUAUUUCUAUUUCUUAUUAAACAACUGGCAGGGUUAAAAGAUCCUAAAGAUCCUGCUUUUAAACGGUAUUUCUAUCUACUUGAGAAUUUAGCUUAUGUCAAGUCAUUUAAUAUGUGUUUUGAGCUUGAAGAUUGCCAAGAGAUUUUUUGCGCAUUAUUUUCUCUUAUGUUCAGAAUCGUGAAUGAUGAACAUUCUGGUAAAGUUAAAAGCUUCAUGCUGGACGUUUUAUGUCCACUUAUUACCGAAUCGGACAUUGUCAGUAAUGAACUUCUGGAUAUUAUACUCAUGAACAUUGUAGAACCAAACAAAUCACAGAAAAAGAACGCAUAUUUGCUUGCUAAAGAGCUAAUAAUCAAAUGUAGCGAUACAUUAGAACCAUACAUUCAAGCGUUUUUCAAUCAUGUCUUAAUAUUGGGAAAAGAGGAGAAGAGUUUGCAAAUUUGCAAAAAAGUAUACGAUCUAAUUUAUGAAUUGAAUCACAUUUGUCCGAGUGUCUUGCUCUCCGUCCUCCCGCAACUAGAAUGUAAAUUAAAAUCCUCCUCUGAGAAUGAAAGAUUAGGUGCUGUGGCAUUACUAGCAAGAAUGUUCUCUGAAAAGGGCUCGCAAUUAGCCGUACAGCAUACGCAGUUAUGGAGGGCAUUUUUGGGACGAUUUAACGAUAUUAGUGUGGCCAUUCGUAUUAAGUGUGUGCAGUAUUCGAUGCAUUUUUUGCUAAAUCAUCCUGAAUUGAGAAAGGAUAUCACAGAUACUUUGAAACUGAGGCAACACGAUGCUGAUGAAAGUGUCCGUUAUGAAGUCAUUAUGGCUAUCGUGACGACUGCUAGACGAGAUUUCGAAGUUGUGUCGGACAAUGAGGAUCUACUCGAAUUUGUCAAAGAAAGGACUUUGGACAAAAAGUUUAAAAUACGGAAAGAGGCAAUGUCUGGCUUAGCUAUGAUAUACAAAAAACAUCUGAACGAUGCUGACGUACCACAGGCCACAAAAAAGGCGGUUAUUUGGAUAAAAGAUAAAAUAUUACAUGGUUAUUACAUGGCUGGCAUGGAAGAUAGAUUGUUGGUAGAAAGAUUGCUAAAUACGUGCUUAGUACCUUAUCAGUUGCAAGCUGAAGAGAGAAUGAAAAAAUUGUACCAUCUCUUAGGUACAAUUGACGAUCACGCUUCUAAAGCUUUCGUGGAACUUCAGAAACAUCAACUUGCGGUGCGAAGGGCAGUAGUUGAAUGGAUAGAGGUUGCAAAGAAAACAGACGCUAAAACUGAACUAAUAGCAAAAGUUCAUCAGAUAUCACGUUUUCUACCAGAUCCUAUGAAAGUACAGGAAUUUCUUCAAAAGUUUAGCACUCAUAUGAAGAGAGAUACCAGAUUAUUACAGGAAAUGGAAACGAUUGUGCAACCAAAUGUUUCCUGUAAGGAAUGCGCUGAAACCAUAACUAAGGUUCUCAAAAAAUUAGGGCAACCCGUUAUGACUAAUCUAUACUAUAAUACAAUUAAGAUGCUGCUCGAAAGAGUAAGCUCUGUCAUGAUUGAUGAAGAAGCAAUUCGGGUUUUGAUCGGAUACGUCUUAGACUGUUUGAAAGGAGGUAAUGUGAUAGAAGAAGUUGGUCUUAAUCCAAAUAAUGCCGGGGAAAAAGGAUUAAGAUUACUAGUGAUGCUUUCAUUUGUAUUCGGCCCGCAUUUCCUGCAUAAUGAUAUCUUGAUGCAACUUGUCAAUUUGCUUGAAUUGGAGGAUGAGAUGGUAGCACCUUUAGUUCUCUCUAUCUUUACGUUUCUGGGAAAAUAUAAACCUCUAUGUGAUGUAGCGCCAGAAAUUAUGAAUCUUAUGGUACCGAUCUGCAAGAAUUUCGCCGAGACGGGAACACCGAAACAGGCAAAGCAAGCUGUGAGAUGUCUGUUCGUCAACAUGACCAAUAUUCAUGAUACUAUUUUCCCCGAGAUCAUCGAGAGAAUUAAGAACACGCUGACGCCGACGUCGGAGUAUUAUCGAACGUCUAUAGUCACAUUAGGUCACAUAGCAUAUAAUUUGCCAGACAAAUAUCAAGUACAAAUAAAAAAUAUGGUGUCCAGAAAAAUAGUUAAAGAAUUACUAGUGAAGGAAAGCAGUGAGCAAAGCUCCGAAAUUAUUGACGGAGAUUGGUGCAGAGAGGAUCAAUUACCCGAAGAGACACGAUGCAGAUUGGAAGGUUUGAAGUGUAUGGCGCGUUGGUUAUUAGGAUUGAAGACUGACGUAUUGUCAGCGCAAAAGACGUUCAGAAUGUUGAAUGCUUUCAUGGUGAACAAAGGUGAUUUGUUGUCUCAGGGACGCUUGAGUAAAGCUGAAAUGAGUUGGCUAAGAUUGCAAGCUGGUUGCUCAAUGUUGAAAAUAUGCGAACAAAAGGGUGUUGGUGAUCAAUUCACUGCAGAACAGUUUUAUAAUCUUUCGCAACUUAUGGUGGAUGAAGUUCCUCAAGUUAGAGAAGCUUUUGGUAGUAAAUUGCACAAAGGUUUAGGAAGAGGAAUUCCGAACAAAUGCUUACCAUUGGAUUUCAUGGGAUAUUACGCUCUGGCUGGUAAGGAACAAGACAAGAGGUUAAAGUGUGUAUUGAAAACAUAUAUGCAGACAGACAUAAAUAAAAGGAGGGAUUACGUGAAGACUCUUUCAUUGGGUACUGUCGAGCGGGCUAUGGAUCAACUGCCCCACAUUUUGCCGGAUUAUAUGUUAGUUUUCGCGGUACCUAUUCUUGCACAUGACCCCGAAUUUACGAGUCAUGUGAUGGUGAGCCAGUUGAAAGUUAUUCAACAAUGUCUUUGGUUCAUCUUGGAACCUCUUAUCACAAAGAAUGAAUAUUAUUGCUAUGGAUUUUAUAGAAAUCUUGUGGAACGUAUGAAGAGCCACAAAGAUGCAUUGAAGCCUGAGGACAACGAAAUGAAUUACAAAUUGUGGGCUGUUUGUGACUUGGCAAUGAACGUAAUAUACACCAAGACUACUAAUUUCGAUAUGAAGGAGUUUCCGAGCGAAACGCGAAUUCCUACGAUGUAUUUUAAACGAACAGAUGAAACAUUAAAUAAUCAUAAGAAUUACUUACCUGCGGAAUUACAAGUGAACAUGACAAAUCCAAAAGGAAAGGGAUCAUUCCACAAUACACACACGGUUAAUGAGAGACCACAGCGCAAGGCUAAAUCCAAACAGAAGGAAAUAGGCAUCGGACCUAAUGAAACGGAUGCAAGGCUGCAAGUUGGCGAAAUGGAAUGUAUUGAUGCACAGCCUGCGGAAGCAUCAGAGACCAGAAUUCAACUGCCUGGUUUAGAAGAAGAGAUCGAAGAACCACCAGCGAAGAGGGCAUUAAGGGAAUCGGAUAAAGUAAAUAAAUAAUUCUCAGUGAUCGGAUUAUACCCGGGGAAUAUUGGGAUGGGGAAAGACUUAAAGAGCAUGGAAAAAUAAAGAAUCUAAAAGAUACUUUACAAAUUAGAAAACUGAAUAUUUUGGUUAUGUAUAACAAUUAAUAAACCUAAGUCGUUCGUGUAUUCUAGAAUGUAAGAUGUUAAGAUUAUGACAGUAAUGUCAGGCUUAUAAUGCAAAGAGUUCUCUGAACUCGCAACUGAGCAGGAAAGAAAAAAGAAAUAGAACGAAAAGUUUAUUAAUUCUUCGCAAAUAUAUAUGUAUGGAUCCUUAAAUAUGUUUGUUUCGUUGAUAACAAAUUAAAUAUUACAUAUUCGUAUUUUUCAUUUAUUACUUUUAUGGUUCGUUUUCACAAUAUGGGGUUACCUAAAGAUUAAAGCUUAUCAAGAGAUUUAAGUAUUAAUAAAAUCUAUUCAUGAAUUUCUUUGUAACCUUAUCUUUAGGUAACAUGUUAUGAAAAUGGGACUAUGAAUGAUAGAAUGCAUUAAUUAAUUUAUGAUAUAACAAAAAAUUUUUUCCAAAUGGCCCAUAUAAAGCCAGAAUGAAUUUUUUGUAAAUUUUAUAACAAAUUUUUCCGAGAGCAGAAUCCUUACUCGGUAUGUGACCAUUAUUUAUCUUUGAUAUGUUUUAAAUUAUUUAUAUUUUUAUUUCGCGAAUGUCUAAUGAAUAAUUAUAAUUAUUUUGCUGAAAGAUAGCAUUGAUUUAAACAAACAAGUAUACAUAUAUAAAACAAUAUUGUCAACAUACUUUAUUAAAAAAAUAAAUAAAAAAACUUUCUUUGAGAGAUAUAUCAAUUAAAUCGUCACUUUAAAAAUAACAAAGGAAAAUACUAUAGUUUUGUUGCAUAAACAUAUUAGAUAAGAAUUUGUGUGUCUAUUGGCUUUGUGAUCCAAAGUUGUUGGUUUUUAAGAAUACAACUAUCGCCACACUUUAGUCGCGAUUACUAUGAUACACAUUAAGUGUGAUCUAUAUGUAACAAUAAAGAAAAAAAGAAUAUUGCGAGAAUUUGCGAAAACCUUCAACUUUUGUAUUUAUAAAUAAACAUAAAAUUAAAAUUACACCGAUUGCAAAAAGAUUAUUGCGUAAUACCUUAAUUUAUAUCAAUAUAUAUGCAAUUCUUACAACUUAAUGUGUGUGAAGAGAAGAAAAACACGUUUCAAUUUUAUUUAUUAAAUAUUUGAAACAUAGAAAAGAGAUUUUCCGUAUGAAUUUUUGAAUGAAGUUUUGAGCAAAGUGGGCCUAGGUUUUAAAGAUUUAAGUUUUCAACAUUAUAAUUAUUAAACUUAAACAUUCAACUAUCGUAAAUUUAAACAUGAAUGAAAAAAAUGCGUAUGAAUUCGUGAAUGGUGAUGGAUGAUUGUUGAAAUCGUAUAAAUAUUAUAGAAUUAACAUAUAUCUAUUAUCUUUUCACAGAAAUUACAGUACAAUGCAUCUUCAUCUUCUAAUAUUGCAUAAUUCAAAUCUAUGAAAAUAUUAUUCUUAUUAAUUUCUUUUUUUUUUAUGCAUAGUACCAAGUUUCUUAUUGGAUACGUUUAUAUUAUCCAUCAGCAAGUAUCACUAAGUCUGUAUUGAUUGGCAUACAAUGCAAAUAUUUUUCUAAUUAUACGAUUAUUUUUUUGCAUAGUACUGCAAUUUUUUUCAAAUAGGUCAUAGAUUACGAAAACUAUACAUAAAAAUAUACAAUCUGAUUAAACAACCAAUUAAUCAGUGCUAUUCAUCUGUCGAUCUGUGAGACAUAUGGCGUAUUGUAAUGGUUCUAUAAUAAAACAAAUCAGUAAACGUUA